AUGGACCAAAGUUCAUCAUCCACCCGUUUGGUUGUGGUGAACACAACCACGGGGGUCCGUGCAGCCACAAGGGGCAGAGACCAGCGAAAGAUAAGGUAUUUAGUUAAUCAAACUGUGACAGCUACCGAGUACCUGGCUAUCCAGGCGGCAAUUGCAGCGGACAACGUGAACCGCAACCGCCAUGAUGAGAUUGCGAACCCUAGGGACGCCCCAUAUGCACCUCCGGAUCAUCCGGAGGCUUGUCCCGAGGUUGUCGUAACCUCGGUGCAGGAAGUGCGCAGUGCAAUUUCGGAGCACGGGGAGCCGCUAAACUUGGUAAUUCCUCGGUGCAGGUAG